UCUGUGGGUAUUCAUUGGAGAGUGUCCCAGGAGAGAUCGAGCUCCAGUGACCCCAGCAAGGCUCCCACACUGUUUGUAGGAUUCAGUGGAAUCUUUACAGACGGUGGCCAUUUCACACAGCACAGUUAGGAGAGGGCCAGGCAGCUCGAGGCAAAGGAGUAAAGACACAACCAGAGACUACUUAGCAGCCAACCUGAAAUGCUGCAACCUUCCUUCUUUCCCAGUUUCUUUCCCUCCACCUGUAGUGGCUAGUCCCCACCACCCUGGGCUCUCUCUCUCUCUCUCUCUCUGACUUCAAACUGUCUGAGGUUUUGUGCUAAAGGACUAAAGGAUAUUGAGUAGAAUCUUGUAUGUAUUUUUGAGGAAUGACAGCAGUUUCAAAGACAAGUUUUAUUUCCUGAGGAGUUUCCUUUAUUGUGUAUUUUUCAUUUGGACCUUGACAUGGCUGUCACUAUGAUUGUGUGAGCUCCUAGCCAUCGAGCGGAGUGGGAGUGUCGGUAGGAGAACAGAGGCGAGAGGAGUGCCAAAACCUGGACUAUGGCGCCGCACCACCGGCGGGCAGAAUAUCCCCUCGCCAGGGGGGCCGUGCUUAUCCUGCUCCUGGGCUGUCUGGCCCUGCCAUCACCAUCCCAUGCAGACAGCAUGCCCAGUUUCAUCAAGUCUCCAGAUGACCAGACAGGUAUUUCGGGAGGCGUGGCAUCCUUCGUAUGCCAGGCGGUGGGCGAUCCCAAGCCACGCAUCACUUGGAUGAAGAAGGGCAAGAAAGUCAGCUCUCAGCGCUUUGAGGUGAUAGAGUUUGAUGACGGCUCAGGGUCCGUCCUGCGUAUCCAGCCCCUGAGGACCCACAGGGACGAGGCCAUCUAUGAGUGCACUGCCAUCAACAGUGUGGGAGAGAUCAACACCAGCGCCAAACUCACCGUCCUGGAAGAGGACCAGAUUCCCCAUGGGUUCCCCACCAUAGAUAUGGGACCCCAGCUGAAGGUAGUAGAGCGGACCCGUACAGCCACCAUGCUGUGUGCUGCCAGUGGCAACCCCGACCCAGAGAUCUCCUGGUUCAAGGACUUCCUCCCUGUAGAUAUCAACAGCAGCAACGGAAGAAUCAAACAGCUCCGCUCAGGAGCUCUCCAAAUAGAAAACAGCGAGGAGUCGGACCAGGGCAAGUACGAGUGUGUGGCGGUCAACAGCGCCGGGACCCGCUACUCGGCUCCGGCCAACCUAUACGUGAGAGUGAGGCGUGUGCCACCCCGGUUCUCCAUCCCUCCCAACAACCACGAGGUGAUGCCGGGUGGCAGCGUGAACCUGACGUGCGUGGCGGUGGGAGCACCCAUGCCCUACGUCAAGUGGAUGAUGGGGGUGGUAGAGCUGACUAAGGAAGAAGAGAUGCCCAUUGGGAGGAAUGUUUUGGAGGUCACCAACAUUCGCCAGUCUGCCAACUACACCUGCGUGGCGAUAUCGUCGCUUGGUAUGAUCGAGACCACUGCACAGAUCACCGUCAAAGCCCUGCCCAAGCCCCCCACCUCCCUGAUUGUGACUGAGACCACAGCCACCAGCGUCACUCUGACCUGGGACUCUGGGAACCCUGAGCCUGUGUCCUACUACGUCAUCCAGUACCGGGCCAAGGUCUCUGACAACGGCUUCCAGGAGGUCGACGGAGUAGCCACCACACGCUACAGCAUCGGAGGGCUCAGCCCCUACUCUGAGUACGAGUUCCACGUCAUGGCGGUGAACAACAUUGGGCGUGGCCCUCCCAGCAGCCUCGUGGACACCAGGACCAGUGAGCAGGCUCCCUCCUCUCCACCGCUGGCUGUACAGGCUCGCAUGCUCAGCGCAUCCACUAUGCUGGUCCAAUGGGAGCCUCCCGAGGAGCCUAAUGGACAGAUCAGAGGUUACCGGGUGUACUAUAGCUCUGACCUCGGAGCCCCGCUGAGUGCGUGGCACAAACAUAACACCGAUGACAGCAGACUGACCACCAUCUCAGGGUUGACCACAGAUAUCACCUACAGCCUCAGGGUGCUGGGGUUCACCUCUGUAGGGGACGGACCUCCGUCUGAUGUACUGCAGGUCAAGACCCAGCAGGGAGUACCAGCCCAGCCAUCUAGCUUCGAGGCAGAGGCAGAGUUGGACACCCGCAUCAUGUUGUCGUGGCUGUGGCCUGUCCAGGACCAGAUCACCAAGUACGAGCUCAUGUACUGGGAGGCUAACUCUGGCAAUAAGCUCCAUGUGACCUUCCCUCCAGCGGGGUCCUAUGCUGUGGAGGGUCUGAAGCCAGACACCCUCUACAUGUUCUCCCUGGCUGCUCGCUCUGAGAUGGGUCUUGGCGUCUACACCCAACUUAUUGAGGCCAGGACUGCCCAGUCCACCCCCUCAGCCCCGCCCCAGGAGGUACACCUUCUGAGCCUCAGCUCCACCAGCAUCAAGGUGAGUUGGAGAGCGCCCCCUGCAGCCAGCCGCCAUGGGGACAUCGUCCGCUACACACUGGCCUACAAGGUCGCAACUGGAGAGGACCUGGAGCGCCACGAAGUGUCGGACAUCGGGGCAGACGUUUCUAGUUACAUACUGGAGGGCCUGGAGAAGUGGACAGAAUACCAGGUGUGGGUCAGGGCUCACACGGACGUAGGCCCAGGCCCAGAGAGCCCUGCAGCCCGGAUCAGGACCAAGGAGGAUGUGCCCGGAGCCCCUCCCAGGAAGGUGGAGGCUGAUGCCCUGAACUCUACAGCCCUGAGGGUGAUGUGGAAGCCCCCCCUUCAGGUGAAACAGCACGGGCAGAUCAGGGGGUACCAGGUGGUCUUCUCACGACUGGAGAACGGAGCGCCACGAGGCCAGCCCAAUAUCAUGGACGUCUCCCUACCCGAGGCACAGUGGAACGUUGAGGAUUCGACGGACUAUGAGACUGUCAUAYCAGGCCUGCUCCCUGAGACCACCUACUCUGUCACUGUGGCAGCCUAUACCACCAAGGGGGAUGGGGCACGCAGUAAGGCCAAGGUGGUCACCACAACAGGAGCAGUCCCAGGCAAGCCCACUAUGAUGAUCAGCACCACCAUCGGUAACACAGCCCUCAUCCAGUGGCAACCUCCGAAGGAGAUGGUGGGAGAGCACAUGGGCUACCAGCUGCAGUACAAACGUAUGGAGGAGUCGUCAUUCACCGUAAAAGACUUCAAGAAGAUAGAAGACCACUUUACCGUCACCGGCCUGCACAAGGGCGCCACCUACGUCUUCAAGCUCUGUGCCAAAAACCGGGUGGGCAACGGGGAGGAGUACGCGAAGGAGAUUACCACGCCGGACGAUGUGCCCAGUAGCUAUCCCCAGAAUCUGAGCGUUGUGGGCCUGACCACCACCACCACCAAGCUGGCCUGGGAGCCUCCGGUGCUGGCUGAGAGGAACGGGAAGAUUGUCCAGUACGUUGUGGUGUAUAGAGAUAUCAACAGCCAGCAGAACCACACCAACAGCACGACAGAGUCCCAGAUGACCAUCAUGGGGCUGCAGCCUGAUACCACCUAUGAUAUCAGGAUCAGGGCAUUCACCAGCAAGGGAGGGGGACCAAUCAGUCCUAGUAUACAGAGCAGGACCAUGUCUACCGCCAUGCCAGAGUUCACCAAAAACUUUGGUGUGAAAGCCGUGAUGAAGACGUCAGUGCUGCUGACUUGGGAAGUGCCAGAAACAUACAAGUCUCAAGUGCCUUUCAAAAUACUGUAUAACCAGCAGAGUGUGGAGGUGCAGGGGAACCUGAAGAGGAAGCUGAUCACGAGGCUGCAGCCAGACACAGACUACAGCUUUGUGUUGAUGUCUAGAGGGAACAGUGCUGGGGGUCUACAGCAGCAGGUCUCCAUCAGYACCGCCCCGGACCUGCUCAAGACCAAACCCAUCCAAUACCAACACGACCCAGAGGAGGGGGGCAAGCUCACCAUCACCCUACCCAAAGUCCCCACCACCGCCCCUGUCAGAUAUUACUACAUAGUGGUGGCUUCCCUGUCCACAACCACACUACGCAGGUGGGAGAACCCUGAAGAUAUGGACUUGGAUGAGCUCCUGGAGGCUAGUUCUGACCAGAGCCUGAAGAGGAGACAGACCCAAGAGUUCCUCAGACCCUACAUCGCUGCCAAGAUGGACGCUCUGCCAGACACCUUCCCUCUAGGCGACGAGAAGCAGUACAACGGCUUCUACAACAAGCCUCUACCGGGCCAGCAGCAGUACCUCUGUUUCGUACUAGCUGCCCUCAAAGACCACGGAUCUCAGAAGACGUUUGCGGCCAGCCCGUACUCGGACCCCAUCACAGUGAAGCUCCACAGCGGUAUGGCUCGCCAUGCUGAGGACCCAGAGAUGCUGUGGGUCAUGGGCCCUGUCCUGGCCGUCGUACUCAUCAUCAUCAUCGUCAUCGCCAUCCUGCUCUUCAAGAGGAAACGAGCAUCUCCCUCUGCCAAGGAUGAACACUCUGCUGGGGUGAAGGACUCUCUGCUGGCCCACUCCUCUGACCCUGUGGAGAUGAGACGACUUAACUACCAGACACAAGGGAUGAUGGAGCACCCUCUCAUCUCCACAGCUGAUCUGUCUGACCACAUCGAGCGACUCAAGGCCAACGACGGACUCCGCUUCUCACAGGAGUAUGAGUCUGUAGACCCUGGCCAGCAGUUCACGUGGGAAAACUCUAACCUGGAAGUUAACAAGCCAAAGAACCGCUAUGCAAAUGUCAUCGCCUACGACCACUCCAGGGUCAUCCUCACCUCCAUCGACGGAGUGCCAGGUAGCGACUACAUCAACGCUAACUACAUAGACGGCUACAGGAAGCAGAACGACUACAUCGCUACACAGGGCCCACUURCUGAAACCCUGAGUGACUUCUGGAGGAUGGUGUGGGAGCAGAGGACCAACACUAUCGUCAUGAUGACCAGACUGGAGGAGAAGUCACGGGUGAAGUGUGACCAGUACUGGCCCAGUCGGGGUACAGAGACCUAUGGGAUGAUCCAGGUGACCAUGUUGGACACUGUGGAGCUGGCUACCUAUAGCGUACGCACCUUCACCCUCUAUAAGAAUGGCUCCAGUGAGAAGAGAGAGGUUCGUCAGUUCCAGUUCAUGGCCUGGCCGGACCAUGGAGUGCCUGAGUACCCCACCCCCACCCUGGCCUUUCUGCGCAGGGUCAAGGCCUGCAACCCCACAGAUGCAGGGCCCAUGGUGGUCCACUGCAGUGCUGGUGUAGGGCGGACCGGUUGCUUCAUCGUGAUCGAAGCCAUGCUGGAGCGUAUGAAGCAUGAGAAGUCUGUGGAUAUCUACGGCCAUGUGACGUGUAUGAGAGCUCAGCGGAACUACAUGGUGCAGACGGAGGACCAGUACAUCUUCAUCCACGAGGCCCUGCUAGAGGCAGCCACCUGCGGUAACACAGAGGUCCCUGCACGCAACCUGUACGCGCACAUCCAGAAACUCACCCAGGUCACGCCCGGAGGCACCGUUUCCACCAUGGAGCUAGAGUUCAAGAAACUGUCUAACUCUAAAGCACAUACCUCAAGAUUCAUCAGUGCCAACCUCCCCUGCAACAAGUUCAAGAACCGGCUGGUGAAUAUCAUGCCUUUUGAGUCCACCCGCGUGUAUCUGCAGCCUAUCAGAGGUGUGGAGGGCUCCGACUACAUUAACGCCAGCUUCAUCGAUGGAUACAGGCAACAGAAGGCCUACAUAGCCACCCAGGGCCCGCUAGCAGAGACCACAGAGGACUUCUGGAGGAUGCUGUGGGAACACAACUCUACCAUCGUCGUCAUGCUCACCAAACUCAGAGAGAUGGGACGGGAAAAGUGCCAUCAGUACUGGCCUGCUGAACGCUCUGCUAGGUACCAGUACUUUGUAGUGGACCCCAUGGCUGAGUACAACAUGCCCCAGUACAUCCUCCGAGAGUUCAAGGUCACAGACGCCAGGGAUGGCCAGUCUAGGACCAUUCGGCAGUUCCAGUUCACUGAUUGGCCAGAACAAGGGGUGCCAAAAACUGGAGAGGGCUUUAUCGACUUCAUUGGCCAAGUGCAUAAAACCAAGGAACAGUUCGGACAGGAUGGACCCAUCUCUGUGCACUGCAGUGCUGGUGUUGGGCGGACUGGCGUGUUCAUCACCCUGAGUAUCGUGCUGGAGAGGAUGAGGUACGAGGGGGUGGUGGACAUCUUCCAUACCGCCAAAACACUGAGGACCCAGAGACCUGCCAUGGUGCAGACAGAGGACCAGUACCAGUUGUGCUACAGGGCAGCUCUGGAGUACCUUGGCAGCUUUGACCACUAUGCAACAUAAUCACUCUCAGAAUGCACUGGGACUCCUGGGGUUCCGGAGCGCCGCCAGUGUCCCUUCUGAGCCAUAUACACCCUGCUGACAAAGUCCAGAAACUGCCUGAGGGGAGAAGGGAGAGGGGGAGGGGUGAGGAGGAGAGGGAGAGAGCACAAGUCUGACUGGGCGACCUUCAAUCAGGUGGAGCAGUACUCCUGGACUGACUGGCAUAAUAAACCUGCUUUAAAACCCUCCACUACUAAAAUCUACCCCCCAAGAAAU